CUUUAUUGUCUCCCUGGAUGGAACGACACAAGAAAACAAGAUGAGGUUCAUCCAGAACUUUAAGUGGACCGACACCUUACAAGGAAACAUACCAAGUUCCCAGCAGGAUGCGGUUUUUGAACUGGCUUCUAUGGCUUUCAAUGUUGCCAUCUGGUACACCAAGUUUGCCUCAAGACUAGCUGGGAMGGAAAACAUAACAGAGCCUGAAGCCAAAGACGUUCACAGGAGUUUGAAAGUUGCCGCUGGAAUCUUCAAAACUCUGAAGGAGGUCCACAUUCCUCGCCUCAUCACCCCGGCUGAAAAGGGCAGAGACCUGGAGCCUCGAGUGAUCGACGCUUAUAUCAUCCAGUGUCAGGCUGAGGCUCAAGAAGUGACGAUUGCCAGAGCCAUCGAACUGAAGCACAAUGCCUCACUAAUCGCAGCGUUGGCCUUUGAGACAGCAAACUUCUAUCUAAGAGCUGACCACACACUGAACACGUUGGAGCCGGAGUGCAGCAGCAAGUGGAGGAAGUAUCUGCAGCUGAAGCAGCACUUCUACAUGGCUUAUGCAUACUGUUACCACGGUCAGACGCUGCUGGCCAGUGAUAAGUGUGGUGAGGCUAUAAGAUCCCUGCAGGAAGCAGAAAAAUGUUACUCCCGUGCUGAGGGGCUGUGUAAAGAGUACCGUGAGACCAAAGGCCCGGGUACCACAGCCAAACCGUCUGAGCAGCUGUUCUUCCUCAAACUGGGCGGCCUCAUCAAAAACACGCUGGAGAAGUGUCAGAGAGAGAACGGCUUUAUGCCAAGCCCAAAGAYGAGGAGGUGAAGCCGAUGAAGGAACCAGACCUGAAGCCGCAGAAAGACACCGGCUGUGUCRUCUCCUAAACAUCACACUGCCUUUUUUUUUUCUGCCUCAUAUUCAUCUGUUAUAGUGACAAUCUGGUUUUCUCGUCAUAGGAGGAGGUUUUUGGUUGUUUUUUUUUGUAACUGUCCAUGGUAUAUAUAUAUUUUACAUCUAUGCUGAAACACUGUAUUUGGAUAUAAUCUGUUAUCAUUUAUCAUUACAACUAAAAGUCRGUCUCAUAAAAUCUGCCACUGGAAGAAAAUUAGGCAAUCUCCAAAUCCUUCCUUUGAACCUGUAUGYGCAGUAGAUGCAAAAAAAAACUAACGUAUAUCUUAGGAUUUCAAACAAUAUUUCUUGUCGAACAUGUUUUCUGACCAAGUUUUCCCAACCAAACAUCCCAGCAUCUGAUUUUCUUUUAUAAAUGAGAUCUGCGCUGACGCUGACAGAAGUUCUUUAAAGCAGGACACCAGGAGCCUUUGGCUGCAGCGACACAAGCGUUUGUCUGUUUGAAUCUUUCUGGUCCCUGCAGUGUUUUAUUAUUAAACAUGACUCAAGCCCAUCGAACAUUAUAGAGCUAAACUCUGAAUCUGGACCUAAACAACUUCCUUAAAUCAGCUAUAUAACAAUAUUUUUAUAUUUAACACUAAAUUAAAUUUAAUAUGAAUGAUAAAAAUAAGCAAAUGAAAUAAAUUACAUUCAUUUUUUUUACAUAACUUUAUUUAUGAGUUUGUAUUUUGGGACAUGUUUCUUUUAGAGCACCAUUAAAAUACAGAUGAAGCAAAACUUUUUGAUGGUUAUUAAAAAUGCAAAUCUGUGUUUAACAGACAGAUACUGGACUGUCUUUAUCACCAGUGACUUGGUUUAUUUUAGACAUUUAGUCAAUAUUUUAUUUUGAUCAUGUGUAGAUCUUUUUGUAUGUUAUACAACAGUACUGUUUUCUACUUUUACUUUUCAUGUUGUGGGAUAUCGCUGAAUGCCUCCUUAACACAAACGUUGUGUAGUAGGAAAGACUAAUUUAUUUCUGUUAUAUUACAAGAGACAAUUUAAUGCACUUAAGUGUUGAAUUCAUAUUUGUUUUUACAGAAGUGUAUUGCUGCCACCACAAACAAAGGAAAAAAGCUGCUAAAAAAUAGAGAAGAAAAAAACAAAACAAAACAUUUUUGUUGUUUUUUCCCCAGUUUUGAGAUUAAAGCUAAAAUGUCAGAUUAAGGUGGAAAUGAGAAUAAACAAGAGGAAACACUGUUGUGCUCCUGAACCCA